UUUUUCUUCAAACUACGCCUCCUUCUGUCGCUCCUCCUUCCAUCUCAUUAGUUCCUCAUUAUCUUGCUCUUUUUUCUCCUCCUCUUCCUCCUUCCUCUCAUCCUUCUCCAUCUUGUUCCCACCCCCACUUUUUGUCUUUCUCAUACUCCUUCUUUACUCUCUUGCUCUUCUUCUCGUCCAAUUCUUUCCCUCCUCUUCAUAUUUCUCCUCCUCUUUUUUAAUUUUCCUUCUUACUUUGCCUCCUCCUAUGCCUCCUACUCCUUCCGUCUCAUUUACUCCUCCAUAUCUCCUCUUCCCCUCCUCUUACUUUUUCUCCUUGUCUUCUUUCUCUCCCACUCUAUCCUCCUUCGACCUCCUCUUUCCUGUUCACCCUUUUAUUAUUCUUUCUACUUUCUUUCUUCUUCCAAUCUUCUUCGUUCUCCCCUUUCUUAACCUUCUCUUCUUCCUACUACUCAUCUUCCUUCUUAUACUCCUGUUCUCCCUUGUUCUCUCGCUCCUCCUCUCAUCCCGUUCCUUUUCCAGCUCCUAGUAUUUCUCCUCCUCAUUUUCUUCCACCUCCUUGUUCUUUUUUUUUCUUGUUCUCAUUCUUUUCCUCCCCUACUCCUCCUCCUCUUCCUCCUCUCACAUUUCCUUCUGGUCUCCAUUCUCUCCUCUGCAUGCUCUUUCUUAUGCACCAUUUGGUUCUUAUUUCUACUCCUCCCCUUUUUCUCCGCAUCUUCCUUCUCCUCCUCCUCCUCAGCCAUCUUCCUAUUUCUUAUCCUUCUCUUCCUCUGCUCCUGUUCUCCCUUGUUCGCUUUCUCCUCUUCCCCGUUCCUUUUCCUCAUCGUUCUCGUAUUUCUCCUUCUUUCUCCACCUCCUCGUUUUCCUCUUUCUCAUACUUUUCCUAUUUUUUCCCCCCACCUUACUCCUGCUUAUUUUUUUUGUCCUCUUCUCCUCCUCCCGCUCACACUUCUCCUCCUCUGCCUACCCUUUUUCUCCUCACUCUCUCCAAUUUCUUCUUACUUUCCUCAUCACGCUCCUUCCUUCCCAUUUACCUCCCUCUUCUUUAUCGUGCUACUUUCUCUUCCUCAACUUUCUCCACCUCGUCUUCCUCUUUCGCGACUCCCCACCACCCGCCCGCCCCCCCCCCCCCACACACACACCUCCUCGUCUUUCUCCUUCCUUUUCAGGAUAUAUUGUGUUAUUUAUUACUCGCAGACAGGAGUAUUGCCUGGAAAGGAAGUGGCACUUCAUACGCACAAGCAGUUGGCACAGAAACGGAAUACUCCCCUCCCCUCCACCACUCACCCUCCCUUUUUCCUUUUUUCCUCCCUCCCUCGCUCUCUCCCGCCCUCUCUUCUCUCUCUCUCUCACUCUAUUUCUAUGACAUGCUCUUUCAGCCAUCAAUGAAAUCACAACCGAGGAACAGCAGGACUGUCCUACAUCUGUAAACACUGCCAUCUUGCUCUCUCUCUCUCUCUCUCUCUCUCUCUCACACACACACACCAUACACAACCUUCCAUCUUCCCUCCCCUUCCAUUUCAGCCCGUUUUUAAUCUCUUCUAUCUUUCUUCCAAUCCCUCUCUUUUUCUGUUUUUUCUCAUUCUUUAAUCCUGUACAUUUUCCCCUUCUUCUCCUUCCUAUCCUUGCAUGACUCCUCCCUCAGUUUGCACGCCCUUUCUCAAACACACACACACACACACACACAGCUCAUGCGUGCGCACACACACGCCCUCCUCCCCCCAUCGCUGCAGUGUCUCUUAACUGCCUGUGAGCUAACAAGAGAGGAAACGGCACACGGACCGUAACAGGAAGGGGGACAGAAAAAAGACGGAGAGCGAGAGUGCUUCAUCAGUGUGUGUGUGUGUGUGAGUGUGUGUGUGAAGGGGAGAGAGAGGGAGUGUGAGAUACACACAGAUGUGAGGAUGUUGGAGAUUCGCAGGAAGGCUCGCAUACUCCCUGUCUGUCUCUGAAGGAUCAUCUGCGGUGAUACUGAAUGGACAAACGGAACCCAUGCCUUUGGCUGUGUGAGAAGUGUUGGCUUAUGCAACGAAGAAACAGUGGGACAAUCUGGUGCCCAGAAGUCUGAAAAGUGUGUAUAUGUGUGCAUGAUGUCUGACCAGCUGUAGGAGAAGAGAAAUUUACAAAGUAAGAACUGCAGGAGUGUUGAAUAACAUCCGAUGAUCGCACCUGGUGGAAUAUCGCGGAUCGCUCACUUUAUAACAUGUGGGUGGACAUAGAGGUGCUUUUGCUCGAUCUACAGUCUUUCCUUCAGCACUGACUGGCUCACUUUAACCGUCACGUUCUGGGGGGAGGGGGGGUGUCCCCUGGUAUGACCCCCCAGCGACUGGGACAUUAAGAGGGUUGGAGUUGGUCUUCUUACAGAAUGUUCUGCUAGUAAUGAACGCCAAUUCGUAAUAGUUGAUCAUAGUUAAUAGUUGAUCUUCUCUUCGGACUGGGGUGGCGCCACUACAAUUGACUUGUGCUUGUCCGAUUUGCGCCUCUAUCCGAACCACAACUUGGGACUUUGUCCACCUUUUGUCUGUACUUUCUAGGUGUUGUGGAGUGUGUGUGUGUGUGUGUGUGUGUAUAACCCAUAAUUGACCAUGGGGUGCCGGCAGAGUUCUGAGGAAAAAGAAGCAGCCAGGCGCUCGAGGCGCAUCGACCGGCACCUUCGCUCGGAGAGCCAGCGACAGCGACGCGAGAUCAAGCUGCUGCUCCUCGGUACCAGCAACUCGGGCAAGAGUACCAUCGUCAAGCAAAUGAAGAUCAUCCACAGUGGUGGCUUCAAUCUUGAAGCCUGCAAGGAAUACAAACCGUUGAUCCUUUACAAUGCCAUCGAUUCGCUCACACGCAUCAUCCGAGCUCUCGCCACGCUCAAGAUCGAUUUCCACAACCCUGACCGGGCCUACGACGCGGUCCAACUCUUCGCCCUCACGGGUCCUGCCGAGAGCAAGGGGGAGAUCACACCCGAGCUUCUCGGCGUGAUGAAACGCUUGUGGGGCGAUUCAGGAGUUCAGGAGUGUUUCCAGCGCUCCAACGAGUAUCACCUUGAGGACAACACUGCCUACUACCUGAACGACCUGGACAGAAUCUCGGCACCCGAGUACAUCCCGACCGUUGAGGACAUCCUGCGUUCCCGUGACAUGACCACCGGCAUCGUUGAGAACAAGUUUACCUUCAAAGAGCUCACCUUCAAGAUGGUGGAUGUGGGUGGGCAGCGCUCAGAGAGAAAGAAGUGGAUCCACUGCUUCGAGGGCGUAACUGCGAUUAUAUUCUGCGUGGAGCUGAGUGGCUACGACCUCAAGCUUUAUGAAGACAACCAGACGAGUCGCAUGGCAGAGAGUUUGCGUCUGUUCGACUCCAUCUGCAAUAACAACUGGUUCACCAACACCUCGCUCAUCCUCUUCCUCAACAAGAAGGACCUGCUGGCUGAGAAGAUCAAGCGCAUCCCGUUGACCGUCUGCUUUGCCGACUACAAGGGCCAGAACACCUACGAGGAAGCGGCCGUGUACGUGCAGCGCCAGUUUGAGGACCUGAACCGCAACAAAGAGACAAAGGAGAUCUAUUCACACUUCACCUGCGCCACCGACACCAGCAACAUCCAGUUCGUGUUCGAUGCCGUCACGGACGUGAUUAUCCAGAAUAAUCUUAAGUACAUCGGCCUGUGCUAGGACCAGGGGAUGGGGUUGGGUGGGUGGGGAGGGUUAAGAGAGACAUAUAUCUGGCCUUCCUCACUUGAUUGUUAUAGUGCCAUGGAACCAUGAUGAGAAUGGGGACAGGAUAGGCGCUGCCACCUUACUCAAGUUAUUAACCAUGAAAAGUUAAUGGUUAAGAAUUUUGCAACCUUGAUAGACAUGUGUUUGCACUGAAUUCAUGAACACGUAUAGACACACACACACACACACAAACACACACACACACGUUUGCUUUUGUUUACUUACAGAGAACUUUACAGAGAAUCAAUUGUUAAGUACCUGUUUGACAUGGAAACACUGGUACCUUAAGAAGACCGUCACCCCACCAAUUCCUUUCUGGCUUACCAAACAUCUAAAAUAGAGCAAGACCUCACCGUCCUCACUCUUCUGUUCUGAUCUGUUCUGUCCUUUUACGCUGUUCGAUUUACAUGAAUCAAACAAUGCUACUUUGGUAUAAGGUUUUUAGCAAGUCUGUAAAAGAGUUUCAUUUUUAAACGACCAUUUUAGAGUAGAAAUGACCUACACAAGUGAGAUGACAAAAGUCCUGCGAAAUUAUCAGUAAAAAAAAAAAAGAGAGACUUUUCCUUUCGUUUCCUUCCAAAGGUGAAAACUGCCAAUGUUGAGAUAAUGCAACUUUCUUACACGUUAACGCUCACGUCUCCCAUAGAAAACGUUGUUUUGUGUUUUUUUUUGUGUGUCUAAAUUAGAUUGUGCUUUGAUUCCAGUUUGACAGCAAACGAUUUUCCAAGAGUGUUACAUUACAUCUGAAUUGAGUGUUAAGUGUCGUAAAGAUCGUUCCGAUUUCCAAAAGAGACGUAAAUAGUGCCAAUGUAAAUGUAAAUAAAUAACAGACCCACCCAAAACCAUUGAGGUUUUUUUACUUAAAAAUGUCAAAACAUUCAAAUAUGCAUGAUUUUGUUACUUUGUAAUUUUGAUAAAUUAUAGUUUGAAUUGUUUAGUUAUAUAUAUAUAUAUAUUUUUUUUCAUUUUACAGAUAUACUCCCAUAUAUACAUAUAUCAAAAUCAAAAACACUGUGUACACAUGUACAGCUGUUUUUCCAAGAGGUAUUUAUUGAAAAGAGGACUAUAAGCAGAGAUGGUACGGUAACUUGGAUCCAGUUCAAACUUGGAUUCAAUAUAUGAAUAUUAGUAAAAUGAUAUGCUGGUGAUUGCAACAAAAGGAAAAAAAACAACAACAAAUACAAACAAAAAUGAAAAACAAAAAGAAACCAAAAAAGGAUUUUAAAAAGUAUAUACGAGCAAAAAAAAAAAAAAAAAAAAAAAAAGAA